AUGGCGACUCCAAAGCGGAAAGAAACCAUUUGCGAGGCAGCCAUUGUUGGUUUUUCCUUCAAUAAGGACCGCACGGAGGCAGUUUUUUCGCCGAACAACCACCUACUGUAUAUUGUUUCUUGCAAAGACAUAAAGGAUUGUAGUACAUGGGAAAUUUAUGCCACCUUGGAGCAUCACGAUCAAUCCGUUUCCGCCACUGCUUGGCAUGGCUCCACGAAUCGUAUUCUUUCAUGUUCACAGGACCGUACAGCCUUUGUGUGGCAGCGCAAUGUCAAAGGGAAGUGGAAGCCGCAAAUGGUUAUGCUGGAUGCAGGCGUAAAACGGGGUCUAACGAGUUGCGCAUGGAAUCAUUCUGGUUCAAAGAUUUAUGUGGGCUCUGCCGCCUCAAAUAUCGCUGUUGGACGCUUUGACGCGGAAAAUGAAUGGUGGAUAUGCCGUUUGCUUGAAGGACACACGAGUACAGUGACAGCGCUAGCACCGCAUCCAUCUGAUGACACACUUUUACUUUCUGGAGGCACUGACGGGAGGCUGAUGCUUAUCUCCACCUUCAUGAAGAAGUUGGAUGGCAAGAAGUCUUCCUCCUUUGGCCACGUCUAUUUAGAGAAGUGCUUUGGGGCAUGGGUACAUGCCAUCGCAUGGGCGCCAUCGGGUCAACGUUUUGCAGUUGCAACCCAUGAUAGUCGUGUACAUAUCUUUGAUAUACCCCCCGUUGACAAUAUUUCCGAGAGUAUCGACGAGGGCUUAGCUAUUUAUAGCGUUAGCUUGGCGAUACUUCCUCUCAAGUCGCUUGCAUUCGUGCUUGAGGAUCACCUUGUUGGGGGCGGUUUUGACUAUUUUCCGGCGCUUUUUCAACCGUCUAAAAAAGGGACCGGGUGGGCAAUGUCAGGCAAGUGGACCAUGACUCGGGUAAAGGGGGCAAAAACGGCGCAACAGAUUGCCCGUGAGAAGUUUCAGAACGAGGCACGCAUUGGUCAGGCGGAACUCCUUGAAGAAGAGCAGACACGCCACAAGAACACCAUCAAUGGUGUCUUGACGCUAAUUGACGAUGGGGCAGCCUUUAAAUCAGCGAUGGAAGGCCCCGUUUUUGCCACGGCGAGUCUUGAUGGGCGUGUUGAGGUUUGGACGAUACGCGACAUGAUUCCUAUCAUUUAG